AUGAAGUCAUCACGUAGCCCCGGGGUGGCCUUGGGGCUCACUUCCCAGCCCAGCUGCAGCACCUCUCUGUCAGUGCAGAGGAAUUCCUUCCCAGCACUGCAUCUCCUUUCACCACGGAGCCGCUCCUUUGCUCUGCUCAGCCACCAGGACUUCUUUGGGAGCUUUGAUGGGAGCUUCUGCAACACAAGUGAUACUUUGGGAGCUGACCUGUUGGACUGCAACUGCUCCAUCCCUGACCCACAGCUGGUCCGGAGGAUUGUGUCCCAGGUGGAGUUCUAUCUCUCUGAUGAGAACCUGGCCAAGGAUGCUUUCCUUCUGAAGCAUGUCCAGAAGAACAAGAUGGGCUUCAUAAGCAUCAAACUGCUGACGUCCUUCAAGAAGGUGAAAUACCUGACGCGCGACUGGCGGCUCACGCUCUACGCCCUGCAGUUCUCAGACCUGCUGGAGGUGAAUGAGGAGGGCACCAAAGUGAGGCGGCGGGUCCCCAUCCCUGAAUCCCUCCUGAGCAUCCCCCCCAGCAAACUGCUGCUGGCCUGGGAGCUGCUGCGCCAGGAGCAGGACACGCUGCCGCUGCUCCAGAAGAAUUUCCUUGAGACCAUCACGAGGUUGUUCAGUCCCUUUGGUGCUAUCGCCUCCAUCCGCAUCCUACGGCCGGGCCGCAAGCUGCCCAUAGAUGUGCGCAAAUACACGUCGCGUUUCCCGGAGCUUCUGAGCAAGUGCUGUGCGCUGGUGGAGUACGAGAGCCUGGAGAGCGCCCGCAGAGCCUUCGAGGACCUUGGCUGCCAAAGCUGCCCGGGUGGCGAGAGCAUCAAGGUGGUCCAGCUCUGCGGGAAGGGCUUCAAGCAGAAACCUGAGGCCAAGAGGGAGGUGGUGGAGGAGCUGGUGGAGCAGCUGGGUUGGAAGACGCAGGCAGCGGCCGCAACCUGCCCCUACAACAUGGGGGAUUCCCUGCUCGGCAGUUCUUUGAAGCCGGAUGGUGCGUCAGCAUCGCUGUCCCUGCACCUGAACCCCUCGGCACCCGCCUGGCCCAGCGGCAACUUCGAGACCAGCGACGUGGGCAACACCUUCACCGAGUCGCUCUUCACCAGCAAAAUCUUCCCUCCGCUCAGGACAGGCGUGGGCACCGGUGGCUGCUGCAGCCUCUGCUCCAGCACCGAGAGCCACCACGGCUGUGGCUGGGGGAGUGGGGCGGGUUCCUGGGCACCCUGGAGCACCAGCCCCUCUCCUGCUGUCAAACCUGCUCCUGGCAAUCCGCCGAGAGUGAAGCAGGUGCCUGAGCCCCAUGGCUGGUGGGAUGGGGAGCUUUGCCUGCCCCACAGCCUUGAGGGCACCGGGGGAUUCUGCAGCAGCACUGGGAGAGGCGAGCUCAUCCUCCACAACUGA